UAUUCAGUUGUUUACAAGCCCCACCACACCCCUCCAUUCUAUUUGUCCUAGAAUUUUGGCAGUUGACAACAACUGACGACGUAUUUUCGUCUGUGCACUGUCUAUCUGUGCGUAAAAAGAUGUAGAUAAAGUCAAAUUAAAUAGGAGGUUGUCGUGUGAUGAUAGGUUAUUUUUGUGUUGUCAACAUUUCAGCAAAAUGCAUUGGUAUUUAUUUUACAAUUCAAUUUUAUGCCACGUAAAUUUUAUUGAACUUAGUGAUUGGCCUCAACAUAGGUGAAAAUGGAAGAUGAAGUGUAUGAUCUUCGUGAACAAAUUUUCCACAAUACAAUCAGGGAAAAUGUCAUUUUCUUGUUGCUCUUUCUGCUGCUCUAUUUGUCCAGCUAUGCGAUUAUCGACCGAUUCAGGAGAUCUGGCAUUGAGGAUUACUUCUCAACAGAUGAAGAUGAGGCAACCGUCUAUAAAAUCAGUUUGUGGCUGUGCACGUUCUCAUUGUCAGUAUCGAUGUGUGCAGCCCUGCUGCUUCCCUUCUCAAUUGCCAGCAAUGAGGUUCUGCUCAUCUACCCCUCCAGCUUCUAUGUCAAGUGGCUCAAUCACUCACUCAUACAAGGCCUUUGGAAUCAUGUCUUCCUGUUCUCAAACGUCUCGUUAUUCAUCCUACUUCCAUUCGCCUAUCUCUUCACCGAAUCCGAGGGAUUUUCUGGAUAUCGCAAGUGUUUGAUGUCUCGUGUGUUUGAAACAUCUGUGGUGCUGCUUUUACUCAGUAUUGCGAUGUUGGGAUUCACCUAUAUCUUUUCUAACCUAAUCGACUAUGAUAACACCAGUAUUUUCUCGUUCCUAAGUCUUUGGAGCUACUAUCUCCCCUUCCUAUAUUCCUGCAUUUCAUUUCUAGGAGUUGUCACUCUGUUGUUGUGUACACCUCUCGGAUUCGCCAGAUUGUUUGGUGUAGUUAGCUCGUUCCUAGUGAAACCACAGUUUCUCCGAAACAUUGAAGAAGAGUAUGAUGUCGCUUCAAUCGAGGAAGAAAGCCUCAGGAGGAGAUUGAAGCAAGCAAAGGCGACAGGCAAGUCAUACCUGAACCCGCCACCGAUGUACGAGCCGAAACCGGUUCGCCGGAAACGAACUGAGACCGGCGAACAGGAAUUCGCUGACGACGACGAAUCUCUGAUGGCUCUGCGCAACGGGAAGCUGCAGACCGGACUGGCGCAACGGCUGGAAACCGUUGCCAAAAAACGGCAACUAUUAGCUGAACAGAGGAACGCUUCUUCGCUGAGGAGAAACGUUGUCUAUCCGUUGGCGAUGUUGACUCUGCUGGCGUUGACUGUGAUCACAGUGCUUAUGGUUGUUCGCAACUUCCUACAGCUACUCGUUGGCUUCAAGGCAUUGCCUCUCACCACAAAGCCGUUUACAGUGGGCAUCAGCUCCCUGUCGAUGCUAGGCGCAUGGGGCGCAGGUCUGGAGGUGGUUGUGCUGCUCUACCUGGCUGUGACGUCAUGUGUGGGCCUCUACACGCUGCCGUUUGUGCGUCAGGUGCGUCCGCGCAUGCGUCGAACGCCCUUCACGCACAUCGUCGUCAACUGCAUCAUUCUGCUCGUGCUCAGCUCGGCGUUGCCUGUGCUAGCCCGAACACUUGGCAUAACGAAUUUUGACCUUCUGGGACACUUUGGACGUAUUGAGUGGCUUGGCAACUUCAUGAUAGUAUUAUCAUAUAAUAUUAUAUUUGUAUUGUCAGCAUCACUUUGUUUGAUAAAUAAAUUCACACACACCGUACGCAAGGAUCUUUAUGCUUGGCUACUGGGUCUACUCUCUUACUUAGUAUCCUGUUUCAAGAAGAGCAUUUUCUAUAGAAUUGUAACGAAGCUUAGAGGCUAUUUUUCGUCAGGACCAGAAGAAGCAUUACAGCAGGCUGUCAAGACACCGGCACAUUCAGCGAAACAAGACUGAACUGAAACGCAAGACUAAUAUAUCUAUAGAUUCUUAUUGAUAGAUUUAUAGAACUUUAAUCGCACACUACCUAUAUAUCUUAGUCAUUUCGAUUUGUAGGCCAGUCUUUAAAUUGCAAAAGUUCGCCUAGACGGCGGUUUUAGUUUAUUAGAUUCUAUUAAUUGUUAUGAAUAAAACGUGAUGUCGUUGAUUGAAUUUUAUGACAUAAGCUCUUGUAGAUCAAUUUUUGGUCGUAUCUAAACUUCAAAAUUCAGCCUCGAUGGCAUUUUUAUCUGAUUAGUCUUUUUGACUGAUUGUAAUUGAUAUAGUGAACCGUUUUUGGUCUUUCCUAAAUAACAAAAUUUCGUAUUGACUACACUUUCAACAAACUAUUUUAAUGAUUGUCAUUGAUUGAAUCUGAUAUCACUUUUAAUUUUGUAAAAGAGAUUUUGAUCAUUUUGAACGAUCAAUUGGUUGACUCGUUUGUGUCACUGGUUGUAUCAGGUGUCAUUCAUUGAUAUUGAAAUUUUAUAUAAUUGAUUUUAAAUGAGUUUUUGGUCUUUUUGAAAGUGCAAUGUUCUGCAUUGAUGACUUUAAAAAUAUCAUUAAUUUUAGUAGGCCAGUUUUUUGUCAUAUUGAGCAAAAAAUUACGCAUUGGUGACGUAUUUUGGUAGAAUAGUUUCUGAGAUUGAUUGAAUUCUCAUCAUUACUACUUAUGAAUCACAAUUGAUUCUCAAUGGUUUCUGACAUUUUAGGGUAAUGCAAAAAAGUCUUGAUGACAUAUUCUAGUAGACUAACUCUAUCAAUUGAACUCAAUUUCAUUGAUUUGUCAUCAAUAAAUUACUAUAAUAUUUAUUAAAUUUCAUGUAUUUUAUUAUAUUGAUUGUCAACAAUCAAUUUAUUUUUUCUGGGUACACUAAAAUAAUCUGAAAGUAUUCAACAUUAAACCGAAAACUUUUCAAAUGCUUGCUAUAAUUUCUGCUAGUACAUUUUCAACAAAAUAUCAAACAUGAAAAUAGCUUUUAGAUUGGCAGUAUAAUAAAAUUACUGUUUUGAAUAUAUUUUAAUAUGUAAAAGUUUUGGUAUUGUCGAACUCCAUGAUAGAAUAGAACAGGUUUGGAGCUUUGUGUAUCCACUUUCAGUCUGAGGCUUUUUCAUUAUAAAUGAAUGAUUUAUUCAUUACUUGAGGACUUCCGAUUGCAACUAUGAAAAUGAUUAUUGUCCAAAAAUGUACUAGUACUGUACUACAAAUAUUCCAGUAGUAGUAGAAAUGCUAUUUUAAAAUAUACUCGUACUUCAAAAUUCUCAUCACUAUUGAAAAAUAAUCGAAUAUUUCAGGGAGAAUUCAAAUGCUGUCAUUACUGAAAGUGGAAUAGACUUCAUUCCAAUCUCUGUUUAUUCAGUAUUAUUAAUUAUUGUUCUUGGAGAAUGUAUACCAAAGUUUUUUUUUAAUGUGAGUUAAUAAUUUACUAUUCUGUGACUAUUGUAAUCUGUUACGCUUCGCUAUGUACACUCGUAAAUACUUUACUUUAUGUUGUAGGAUAACUUUGAAAGUCAAGUGAACCUUAUUGUAAAUGCAAUUAUUGUACAUUGUAAGAAAAUUUGUAAAAAUAAACGAUCAUGUUCUAUAUGA